ACCACUUCUAGUCUCCCUUUUGACCUUUCACCUGUCAAAAAUGGAAGCAAAACUUGAACUUGUCAAGUUUCUUCACUGCUUUGCAAAAUUCUUCUUCCAUAACAGACUCUCCCACCAAACUGCGGUAUCUCUAACAAGAUAUUUCUCGCAAAAGCAAGACUUCUCCCGCCACCAUGUCCAUAAACGUUCACUCCCAUGCCUUCGCUGGCAACCCUCUUCUCUCCAAAUUGUCAUUUUCAGGCCACCCCCUUCCACCCUCUUCAGCUCUUGAAGCGCUCAACGCGAAAAUUGGGCUACCAAAUACUCAUUCGUAUCCAUCCCUGAGCUUCAAGGUACUACCUUUCAGAAAUGGGCGGCUCUUGGCUUCUUCCGAGGCCAGCUCCGGCGACUCGCCGCCGAUUUGGCAUCUGGGUUGGCUCGGCUUGGACGAUCUCAGGGUUAUUUUCGACAAGUCCGGUGCCCAGUUGAGUGUGGACUCGUUGGUGUAUCUGAAUUCGAGUGCAGAGGACGACGCCGUUUACUGGGCAAUCGAUGUUUCUGCUGAGGUAAUUGAAUUGGGUAGCAAAACGGGUUUGCGUUUUGUGGAGCUUCGAACGCUCAUGGUGGCUACCGACUGGUCGGAUUUGCAAGCAAUGGGAAGCUUGGCUAUUGCUGGUCAUGCUAAGGCACUGCUAGAAUGGCAUAAUGUAUCACGAUUUUGUGGACAUUGUGGUGAGAAAACAGUCCCAAUGGAAGCUGGACGAAGGAAGCAAUGUUCUAAUGGUUCAUGCAAAAAGAGGAUAUACCCGCGUGUUGAUCCGGUGGUCAUUAUGCUUGUAAUUGAUAGAGAGAAUGACCGUGCUCUUUUGGCUAAGCGACCAAUGCGUCUACAUCGAUUGUAUACUUGCUUAUCAGGUUUCAUAGAGCCAGGAGAAAGCUUGGAGGAAGCUGUAAGAAGAGAAACAUGGGAAGAGACUCGUGUUGAAGUGGGAGAAGUUGUAUAUCACAGUUCUCAACCGUGGCCUGGUAUAUCACUUAAUGUUUAUUAAACUGUAGUCUUUGAUAAUUUUAUCAUUUCUCUUUUGUUUGCAUGAGAAACAUAGGUAACAAG